CACGGGAGACGCAUUACAAAGGACGACCUGGCGCAGAUGUUGAAAGAUAAUGAAGCCAAUGAUGGGCAUGACCAGAAAAGCUUGCAAACGAACCACAUCGAGCGUCAAAGGCUUAAACGGAACUAUUACGAUAGCCUCGAUGAAUCAGUAACUAACUACAUAUGGUCACAUGGUAAUGAGCUCGGUGAUCACUCCUACUUACCGUGAACCGGUUCACAUCGUCACGUCAAACUUGGAGCUUCAGAAGUCAUCUAUCUCUUUGUGCUUCUCCCCAAGCACGCUGGCAGUACCAUGAACUGGCUGGAUGUGAUCGCUCACCCGCUGUGGAUGGUCCCCACGCUGCUGCUGUGGAUGGUGGGGCGCCGGCAGCGCAGAGGGACGUGGGACCCGCGAGCCUGCCCCACGCAGCUCAAAGGGAAGACGGCGAUAGUGACAGGAGGCAAUUCAGGGAUCGGAAAGUUCAUCGCCAUGGACUUUGCUCGCCGGGGUGCCCGGGUCAUUCUGGCUUGUCGAAGUGUGUCCCGUGGCGCAGCGGCAGCUCAAGAAAUCCAAGCACAAACGGGAAACCCCGACGUGCACGUGCGUCAGGUGGACCUUUCUUCUCUGGAUUCUGUCAGAGAAUUUACUGAGAAGAUUCUGGAGGAGGAACGUGCUCUUCACAUCCUCGUCAACAAUGCUGCGGUGUCAGGUUUACCCCGGGAGAUUACCAAAGAUGGGUUUGAUGUUUCUUUUGCAACCAAUCAUUUGGGGCCUUUCCUUCUCACCAACCAACUACUUGGUAGGAUUCGAGACGUCCUUCGAAUGUGUGUCAAGAGUUUUGGUAGAGCGCUGGUAAACCUGAAUGUUGCGCAAUUGUCAAACCUGAUCAAAAAUUCCGCCCCAGCACGCAUUGUCACUGUCAGCUCCAUCAACCACAAAAAGGGUGAAGUGGACUUUUCUCAUUUUCGUGGGGAAAAUGUCACUUACAACCUCGAUCGAGUUUACAACCACACCAAGUUGCACAACAUCAUCUGCACGAACGAGUUAGCGCGGAGGCUUCGAGGAUCAGGCGUCACGGCCAACUCGGUCCAUCCUGGUAUUGUCAUGACGGGAAUGAUGAGGCACUACCCCUUCAGGAUUCGUUGUAUCUUCAACCUCAUUGGACAGUUCUUUUUCAAGUCUGCAGAAGAGGGGGCAGUCAGCGCCAUCUACUGCGCCGUGUCAGAGGAAGCCGAAGGCAUCAGCGGAAAGUAUUUUGACAGCGACUGCUCCAUUGUCCUCCCCGCCCCCUUGGCCCGAGACUCGGCCCUGGCAGUCAAGGACUUUGAGAUUUGCGAAAGACUGACAUCGAAGCUGUGAAACAAUGUUCCUCCUGAUAACAGAAAGGAGGUCCAAUUGCCUACGCGUGAUGUUGUUAAAGCGGCUGCUCUGACUUUUAAGCCCUCAGGUUGUGUUUAAUGCGCCAAGAUAGAACACUGCCAUGUUUAUAAAUUGAGCCGAGUGUGUCUAUCUUCAUUAAAUGUAGUCUGCCUUGUAUGCUGCCUUUUUUUGUUUUUUUAUUUAAUAACUGACGGAUAUUGGCAGGGGUCAUCAGCGUUUUUUGAAACUGAGCGACAUGACCUCUCAAAUCACCUUUCAUAGUGUUAUUAUUCAUGAUUAAUCAUAUUCAUAUUUGUGAAGGCGCUCAUCGUGUUAAUGCUUCCUAUUUUUAGAAUUGGAUUAGUAGCGGUAAAGACACGCCUCACUGAAUUUCCUGAAAAGCAGUUUUUUUAUUUGAAUUACUAGCAGUGGUUAGUUUUCAAACUUGUACUACCGGUAAUUGCUUCUAAGAUGAAAAAAAAAGUCAUAUUUUUCAUAUCAACAUGUCUUUACCGUUCUGGGUCCCCAAACAAAGUUCCCAUGAUUUGCAAAAAGGGGGACAUUGCGCAAUGUGCCUUUUCCAUGAAAACUAGC